AUGAAGAAAACUCACAUAACAGACUCAUCUAGAUUUGUAAUUAUCUUUUUAGUUCCACAACUCUUCUUCUAUUUCUUCAUUCAUUUAACAUCUUGUGAUUCCGAUUCAAUAAACAUCCCUUCUGACAAAAUCCUCCUUAACUGUGGUUCAUCCGGAUCAUCAACAUUCAAUGGUCUAAACUGGAUAGGAGACAUUGAAACAAGUUUGUUGCAAACAUCAUAUGAUACAACUUCAUCAACAACACUCUUACUCUCAAACACAAACAAAGUAGCACCAGAAGUUCCAUACUCAACAGCAAGAAUAGUUCAUCAUUCUCCAUUAACCUACUCAAUCCCCUUCUCUUCUCCUGGCCUUAAAUUCAUUCGUUUAUACUUUCUCUCAACUUCAUAUUUACCAACAUACACUUCCAACUCCAACUCCAACUCCUUUUUUUCAGUCAAAUCGGGUCCAUACACUCUUGUCGACAAUUUCAAUCCAUUACUUGCUACACAAGAAAUCAACUCAUCUUAUAUCACUAAAGAUUUCUUUGUCAACAUCAAACAAAAGAACCUCAACAUUACUUUCACUCCAUCUCCUCGAAUUCACAAAGCUUAUGCUUUUGUAAAUGGAAUUGAAACAUUCUCAGUGCCCAAUAACUUAUUCUCUCAUGCUUCAAAUUCUAAUGUUUCUGUUCCUUACCUUGGACACAAAGAACCAAUUUUUAUCAACAAUGAAUAUGCUUUUGAGAAGCUUUACAUGGUUAACAUAGGAACUGAAUCUUACUAUCAAGUUGAAAAUGCAUUUGGGUCAUGGCUAGAUGAUAUCAACUACAUUUCUGGUUCACAGUAUGGAACUACUCUUAUUCUGAAAGAGAAUAUGAUUAAUAUGAAUGCAAGUUUUCUCAAUUCAAAUGACUAUAACUAUUCAGCACCACUCGAGUUAUACUUGACUGCAAGGACAAUGGGAAGCAAUGGAGAUUCAAACACCAGGUACAAUUUAACAUGGUCAUUUUUUGUUGAUUCCGGAUUCAAAUACCUUGUUAGACUUCAUUUCUGCGAGAUAUCUACGUCGGUAGUAGAUGUGAAUCAGAGGGUUUUUAGUGUUUAUAUAAACAACCAAACAGCUGAGGAAAAUUUGGAUUUAGUUGCUUUGUCUGGCGAACCUUUAAGUCCUUUGUAUAGAGACUAUGUUGUAAUGGUUAAUUUGGAAAGUGAGAGAAGGAAAGUUUUCAUGUUGAUCUCACUUCAUCCCAAUUUGGAGUCAAGGCCAAAGUAUCACGAUGCUAUAUUGAAUGGAGUUGAGAUUAUCAAGUUAAGUGAUGGUAACAAUAGUCUUGAUGCAAGUUUCCAAUUGAAGAAUGGACUUCAAAAGGAGAAGAAAUUUCCAAUUUUUGUUGUUGUUGUUGGUACUAGUACUUUCAGUAUCAUUUUGGUACUUUUCAUAACAUUUUUCAUUGUUAGAAGAAAAGCAUGGACAAAAAUGAAAAUUGGAAUUUUUCAUGUACUUAAAUUGAAUUCCACUUCAAGAAGUGAAGAAAUGAUUCAAGUAAAAGUGAUAUCAGGUAAUUGUUAUCAAUUCACUUUAGAAGAGAUCACUUCAGCAACAAAUGAUUUCAAUGAAGAUCUUGUGAUUGGGGAAGGAGGUUUUGGAAAGGUAUACAAAGGAAACAUCAUGCUUGAUGGAGUAGUGAUUGAUGUGGCGAUAAAGCGCGCUAAGCCGAGUUCGCGACAAGGCUUUAAGGAAUUUCAAAAUGAGAUCAAUUUUCAUUCAUUUUAUCAUAUGAAUUUAGUGUCACUGUUGGGAUACUGUCAAGAGAGUAAUGAAUCGAUACUUGUGUAUGAAUACAUGGCUGAAGGUUCACUUUGUGAUCAUUUAUACAAGAAACAGAAGCAACCUUUAUCAUGGAAUCAAAGACUGGAGAUUUGUGUUGGUGCAGCUAGAGGAAUCCAUUACCUUCAUACAGGUAGAACGACUGCGGUGAUUCAUCGCGAUAUUAAGUCGGCGAACAUAUUAUUGGAUCAGUAUUUGGUACCAAAGAUUUCAGAUUUUGGAUUGUCUAGAGUGGUUCCUUCAAUUUACCACACUCAUGUUAGUACUGAGCUUAAAGGUACUUUUGGAUAUUUGGAUCCUGAGUACUACAAAAGAAGAAAAUUGACUGAAAAAUCAGAUGUUUAUGCAUUUGGGGUGGUUUUGUUUGAAGUGUUGAGUGGAAGAGCAGCAGUGAAUCCUGAGGCAGUGGAAGAGGAAAAUGAGAAAGUUGGUUUGGUAGAAUGGGCUAUGCAUUGUCACCAAUGUGGAACUAUUGAUAGAUUGGUUGAUUCAUAUUUAGAAGGAAAAAUAAGGUUGGUAUGCUUAAUGGCAUUUGUGGAGAUUGGCAUUCAGUGCAUUGCUAAGAAGAGUGCAGAAAGGCCAACUAUGGGAGAGGUUCUCAGUAGUUUAGAGAAAAUUAUGUCCUCGCCGGAACAUUUGGAGAGGCAGGAAAUCCAAACUGUUGAUAUGAGUUCAUAG